AUGAUAUCUAUCCCAAAUGCUGUGGAACGCUAUUCUAUGAUGAAGGAUGAUAAAAGCAACAGAAGUUCAGCCAUUGCUGCAAUCAUUUUCUUCCUUUUUUCUUUUAUUCUCUUCCUUCUGGCUUUUUUUUUUUUUGUUUUCGUAUCUCCUUUGCCUCUGGACUCUUCUUCCUUUUGCUUUUCUUCUCUACUAUUCUUAUUUGACUUCCCUCCUCGAUGUUACUUUUCUUCAUAUUUUUCUUGUAUAUAUUCUUUUUUGCACACAUUUUUUUUCUUUCUUUCUCUUUUCUUCUCUUCUUUUCUUCUGGCUUCUUCUUCCUUUUUUUUUUUCUUCUGGCUUUUUAUUUUAAGUAUCUACUUUCCUUCUGGACCCUUCUUCUUUUUUCUUUUCUUCUCUUCUAUUCUUAUUUGGUUUCCCCUUCUUCAUGUUGUUUUUCUUCAUAUUUUUCUUUUUGUUUCUUUCUUUUUUUCUGGUUCUUUCUCCCACGUUCUGAAUGGCUAUCUUCUUCUUCUUCUUCUUCUUGAAUCUUCUUCUUCUUCUUCUUCUUCUUCCUUGUUUUCUUCCUCCUCCUCCUACUUUCUCAGUUCUUUAUUUAAGCGUUCACUUGCUGCUCAUUGUCUUUUUCUUCUUUCUCUUCUCAUAUUUACAUGUUCCCUCUUUAAUCUCUUUCCCUUAUUUAUUUCUUCUUUUCAUUUCUUUCUGCAAUUAAACCUUCAACUCAAAAGAAAUUUGAUAUUUACCUAUUCAUAUCUAUCUAUCUAUCUAUCUAUCUAUCUAUCUAUCUAUCUAUCUAUCUAUCUAGUGCAAUGUUAA